UUUCAGAAAAUGACAGGUAAAACAUUUUUGCUAACUCAUACAUUCAAUGAUAUAUCGAAACUCGGAGAAGAACAGAGUUAUUAUAGUGAUAAUGAAAUACGAUAUAAUGUUCCAUGGAGACUCCAAAUAUUCCGAAAAGAAGGGUUUCUUGGAUUGAAUCUGCAAUGUGAAAAGAAGGAAUGCUUUGGAGAGAGAAAAUGGUCGUUUCAAACAAAAUUCAUUAUGAAACUAGUAGCUGUCAGUGGAAAAUUCUUCCGACGGACUGUACAACAUGAUUUCCAAAAGCCGGAAGGAAACGGAAUGGAUAAAUUCAUUGGUUGGGAAAAUAUGCAAAGGGAUUAUAUGGAUAAAGAUAGUAUUAUAAUUGAAAUCCAUGCCAAUAUUGUUAGCAGUACAGGAUUCUUUGAAGUCAAAUAUCUUCCCAAUUCGCAACCAGAUUCCGAUAAUUCAUUUGUGAUGAAGCAUACUUUCAAGAACAUUUCGAGAUUUGUAGUGAAAGAAAGAGAUUAUAGUGAUUUAGAAGAGCAUUUCAAUAUUCCAUGGAGAAUGCAAAUACAAAAAUCUAAUGAAUUUCUUGGGAUCUUCCUGUACUGCGAGAAAGAAAUCAGUGAAGGGAGGAAAUGGUCGAUUGAAUGUGAAUUCGAUUCAAGAUUGAUUUCUGCAAGCGGAAAACUUCACUUCAUACGUACCAAAUCUAUUUUUGGAGCUACUUCGGGUUGGGGAAGAGGGAAGUUUAUUAGUUGGAGCGAUCUGGAGAAAGAUUAUGUGAACAAUGACAGUAUAUAUAUGGAAAUUCGUGUUAAAAUAAUCAAAAUCACAGAUGAACCAUGCAAUAUUGCAAACACGGAAAGAGCAUUUGUUCUAUCUCAUACUGUCAGGAACAUGUCAAGUAUUAAAGAAGGAGGGGACUACCUUACGGACAUUCAAACUCGUUUUAACAUUCCAUGGAAAUUAAAAAUUCAAAGACUAAAUGGAUUCAUAGAAUUAUUUCUUCGAUGUGCAGAAAAUAUGUGUGAAUCCAGAAAAUGGUCAAUUGAAACGGAAUAUCAAUUGAAAUUGGUGUCAACUAAUGGGAGAAGUUUAUCGUUAAAAAAUAUAAAAUAUGUGUUUGAUAAACCAUUCGGUUACGGAUGGCUUACGCUCCUGAGAUGGGACAGUUUAGAGGAAAAAUACAUAGUAAAUGACACUCUCAUUAUUGAAGCUCACGUGAAGAUUCUAAAUAUGACUGGAAUUGUGGAUGAAGCUUCUGUUGAGAAACCUUCUGGAAUUGUGAUUCCAGUGGGAGAUCAGGAAUAUUCACUGGAGAAGUGGCUUGAAAUGGCCUUCGAUCAUUAAUUAUGCAAUUGACGUUUAUUCUUUGUUUGUUUUACACCAAAAUAAACUUAUUUU